AUGAGCAGGCGCUGGAGCCGCACGAUCUACGUCGGGAACCUCCCCGGCGACAUCCGGGAGAGGGAGGUGGAGGAUCUGUUCUACAAGUAUGGUAGAAUUGUUGACAUCGACCUGAAGGUCCCCCCAAGGCCACCUGGUUAUGCUUUUGUUGAGUUUGAAGAUCCUCGUGAUGCUGAGGAUGCAAUUGCUGGGCGGGAUGGAUACAACUUUGAUGGACACCGUCUAAGAGUGGAGGCUGCUCAUGGUGGUAGAGGUAAUACUUCCUCUCAUGACCGUUCAAGUGGCUUUGGUGGCGGUGGUGGAGCACGUCGUGGUGUGUCGAGACACUCAGACUAUCGUGUUCUUGUCACUGGACUGCCUUCUUCUGCAUCAUGGCAGGAUUUAAAGGAUCAUAUGCGGAAGGCUGGUGAUGUUUGUUUCUCUGAAGUGUAUCGCGAAGGCGGUGGCACCAUAGGAAUUGUGGACUACACAAAUUCUGAUGAUAUGAAAUAUGCUAUAAAGAAGCUGGAUGAUACUGAAUUCAGGAACGCCUUUGGGCGAGCCUAUAUAAGGGUGAAGGAAUAUGAUGGCAAACGUGAUCGCUCCUACUCACGUAGCCGAAGCCCAAGUCGUAGCUACAGCAAAAGCAGGAGCCCGAGCAAAUCACCCAGGACUCGCCGUUCAGCAUCUAGAUCCCGGUCGAGGUCUGUUUCUUCCCGUUCAAGGUCUGCAUCAAAAGGACGUUCUCCGUCUAGAUCACCAGCAAGAUCCAAAUCUCCAAAUGCUUCUCCCGCAAAUGGUGAAGCAGUAAGCCCCAAGAAGCAGAGUCCAAGCAGGAGCCCAUCCGGCUCACGUUCUCCUGAUGCGAAACCUGAAUAA